AGGCAAAGAAAAACAAGGUUACUUGAAUUUGCUUGGAGGUGGAGCCAUUAACUUUCGGCUGUUUCCUAAAAUCCCAACUCUUAUUUUAUGUGUUGGUUGCAAACAUGCUUUAUUUUCCAUAAAAUUUUAAGGUAAACUCCUUGAGAUGUAGAGAUGGUCAAAAAUUGGUUUCCCCCUACUUCAUCAUCAUUAAAGAUUUUUCUGUUUGUAGUGUUCUUGAUUCUGGUGUCAGGUUUUGCUUCUCUUUUAGUUCAAAAAGGCUCCAACCAGACUUUAUUUUAUAUUCCCCUGGCUUCAUCUUCAUCUUCUUCUUCAGACACUAACUCAGAUGCAGUAAAGAAGCCAAGUUUACAAGCAAAAGAAAGGGAUAGUCCAGUAGAUUUGCAUUCCCAGGCAGGAGCAUCAGUGGAUAAUGAUGGCAGCAGGAAGGAAGCUUUGUCAAAUGAAGCAGCCUUUGUUGCUCAGUCCUUGCAAGUACAACACUUUGGCAAAAAUGAAGACAACCCAAAUAUGUCAAUUAGCCAAAACUUCAAUUCCACCACCUUGAAAGAAAAUGAAUCAAGAGAUCCUCCUUUGAAGCCAAGGAGAAGCAGAGUCAGCACUAAUUUGGAUAGGCUGGAAUAUGGUCUCCGAAGAGCUAGAAUUGCCAUCAAAGAAGCUAUAAAUGGGAGUCAAUUACAGGAUCCUGAUUACAUCCCCCAUGGUCCAAUAUACAAGAAUGCCAAAGUCUUUCACAGGAGCUACCUGGAAAUGGAAAAACAGUUCAAGAUAUUUGUCUACAAAGAAGGGGAGCUUCCACUAUUUCACGACGGUCCUUGCACGCUGUUAUACACCAUGGAAGGACAGUUCAUCAAUAAGAUGGAGGUUAACAAAAAAUUCAGAACCCACAAUCCUGAGAAAGCUCAUGUAUUUUACCUUCCUUACAGCGUCACAAGGAUGGUCCAAUAUAUUUGGGUGCGGGGUACGCCUAUGAAACGCUUAGGAAGGAUCGUCUUAGACUAUGUAAACGUUAUUGUGGAGAAACACCCCUAUUGGAAUCGAAGCCUUGGCGCUGAUCAUUUCAUGCUUUCUUGCCAUGACUGGGGGCCUGCAACUAGUUUUUUCGUUCCUAAUCUAGUGAAAAACUCCAUUCGUGCUCUGUGCAAUGCAAACACCUCCGAAAGGUUCAACCCAAUGAAGGACGUAUCGAUUCCAGAAAUUAGUCUCAAAAGCAGUAGGCUACAGGGAUUGAUUGGUGGGCUUUCUCCAUCACAGCGUACAAUCCUGGCAUUUUUUGCAGGAGGAAAUCACGGUUUUGUAAGACCAAUACUCUUUAGACAUUGGGAGAAAAAGGACCCAGAUACUAGAGUUCAUGAUUACCUUCCAAGAAGAGUAUCUUACUAUGAUCUAAUGAGACAGAGUAAAUAUUGCCUUUGCCCCAGUGGUUAUGAAGUUGCAAGCCCCAGAGUCGUUGAGGCCUUGUACAAUGGCUGCGUACCAGUGCUGAUUUCGAAAAGUUAUGUGCCACCAUUCAGUGAUGUUUUGAAUUGGAAGACCUUCUCUGUGACAGUUUCCCUGGAAGAUAUUCCAAAUCUGAAGAAGAUAUUGAUGAGUAUAUCUGACAGGCAGUAUAUAAGAAUGCAGAAGAGAGUGGUCCAAGUGAGAAGGCAUUUCGAGUUGCAUGUAAUUCCGAAGAGGUUCGAUGUGUUCCAUAUGAUACUUCAUUCUAUUUGGCUUAGAAGAUUGAAUUUUAAAGUCAGUAAUGAUCCUGGAGAUAUGUUGGAUUGAUGAAUCCAUAGAUUACUGCAUUUGUAAUGAAAUAAGCUUCCACCUUGCUGAUGGGUAAUGGAAUACAUAAUUCCAGAAGAUUCUUUUGCAAUUUGAUAAUGUAGUCAAGUACAAUUGCAAUUGCAAUAUAUAAUACUAAAACUUAGGGACAGUUCCAGACCCUUUAUUAAACAUAAGAUUGAAGAAAGGGAAAAACAUCUUCCUGUGGAGAGACAGAAAGUGUCUUGAUUUUGAUUCAUGGAAUCAGGGUUCCAACAGACUGCAAAAAUUUCUGAAAAUUUUAGAUACAACCUGGCACGCAUUAGCAUCAAGUUAUGUCAGAACAUCCUGUACUCAACUCAAGCAUCUAUCCGUAAUGUCAUGACUCCAAUCUCCAACCAUAAUAAUGAGAUGAUAUGGAUGGCCUAAAAACUUUGGCUGAUUCAGCAGUAAUUUGGAAACCUGGAAUGCAUCAACCCCAAAGUAAAGGUGCAUGGGAUUGCUAUAGGCUCAAUCUGGUUCCAAUUUCUUGUUCCCAAGGACGAUGUAUGGCUGCUUGGAUUAGAGUGGCUAAGCUUCCUACUAUUAGCUCGAAUAAUUUCUCUACCUAGUAGUAACUGCUUUCAUUGAAUCUGGUGAAACUCGAGAUGCUUGUUUUUUCUGUUGUCCGUUUCUCUAAGCAAAUCUAGCACAAAAUUUUAAAAGCCUCAAGUUGGUGACUACUGCUAGUUUUCAGAAUUCCAAUGGGUGAAAAUAGUCCCAAAGGGAAAAGCACUCUAGUUAGUGAUGGACAUUGCCUGGAAUUAAUGCUCAGAUUGGGGAGAAAUUAGAUAAGAGGAAGUAUAUGGUAAACAGCCACAUGAGUUCCAAUUUUCAAAUGUUUUUGUUGCAUUGCUGAGACUUUAAGAUUUUAGUCAACAAAACCAAUUGAUUUUUUUCUGUCAAACCUGGGAAC